GAAGCCCAUAUAAUUGAAAGCGCAGUCCAUAAGGUUCGUACUAGAAAUAAUGACAGGAUAAUAAGCUAACCGACGUUGGUGUUUCCUCCGACACACUGCCAGUCUGCCACGUUUUCAUGUCCGUAUUCUCAUUCUUCACUAUCACUCAGAUUUUAUUGACAAUCGCGACUCCAAAAUCCAUUACUUGAAAGAAAUAGAAAGAAACUCUAAAAAGAGUCAACAAAAAUGGAGGGUGGUCUGAAAUUUGACAGAUGGGGAUACCAAGUCAAAACUAUUUCUGAUUCCUGUAUCUCUGCCAUCAACUCUUAUUAUCAGCAGGUGCUAAGCUAUGGGAGAGAGAGACGUGUGAUUUUGGAAGCGCCUCUUCAUGACCAAGAUUGUGCAUUAGCCAAUGUUUUAGCUGCUCAUUUCCUUUGCUCUUCUGAUUCUUCUAAAGCUUCUUUGCAUAUCCAGGCUGCAAAGUCUCGACUUGAGCAAGCGACCUCGUAUGAGAAAGCGGUUUUUGAUGCGAUUAUGUCUUUGAUUUCUGAGAACAGAGACGAUGAUUUUGCUCUUGAACGUCAUGCUAAGCUAUUGAAUGAAUACCCAAAAGAUUUGGUUUCUUUAAAAAGGGCUCAAGUGCUAUGUUUCUACAUGGGUAGACCUGACCUCUCUCUAGGCCUUGUCCAACAGGUUCUACCCAAAAAUGAACAAGAAGAAUAUAUAUAUGGCAUGCUUGCUUUUUCAUUACUAGAAACGGGUCAAAUGGCUGAUGCUGAGAGAGCUGCAAGAAAGGGAUAUGAGAUCAACAAACUGGAUUACUGGGCUCAACAUGCUUUGUGCCAUGUUCUUCAGUACAAGUGUCAUCUCAAAGAAGCAGUAGAGUUCAUGGAAGAAUGCUCAUCUUCAUGGAGUCCUUGUUCAUCAUUUAUGGUGACACAUAAUUGGUGGCAUGUAGCUCUUUGUUACUUGGAAGGUCAUUCUUCAAUGCAAAAAGUAUUAGGAAUUUAUGACCAUCAUAUCUGGAAGGAGUUAGAAAGAGAUGAUGCCACUUCUGCAGAGGUGUACUUGAAUGCCCUGGGUUUGUUGUUGCGUGUGUAUGUGCGGGAUGAACUUGAUGCCUUUGAGGAUCGUCUGAAGGUUUUAGCAGAGAGAGUAAAAGAUGAAGCAAACUGGUAUUUGGAAUGGAACCUUGAUGUGUUGAUAUUAUGGGCCUUAGCUAAAACCAGUGAACUGUCAAAAGCAGAAGACUUACUCAAGGGCUUGAAAUCCAGAAUUUCUAAGAUGAACAAGAAGAAGCAAGAAAUAAUGCAGAGAGGAAUUCUGCUAGCAGAAGCCCUAUAUGAGUAUGGGAGGGGUAAUGACAAAGAAGCAUUGGAAGUACUUGGUCCCGAUUUUGAUGCCUAUAAUUGCAAGAUGAUUGGAGCGUCGGAUGAGCAACUUGAGGUAUUUAACGAAGUCUGGUACAAUAUGUUGCUGAAUACUGGACAAGCUCCAAAGGCAAUUGAGGUAAUUGAGAAACAAAUCAAGAAGAGAGGAGGAGCCCCAUUCAUGUGGCGCCUACUGGAAAAAGGCUAUGCAAUGACUGGUAGGCAGGAAGCUCAAGUUGCUAGAAAGAAGGCCGAGGCAUUAGAAUCUGCAUACUUCACUUAGAAAUGCAGCUGCAUCUAAUUAAUCAAAUAUUUCUGGCUUUAGUACUUGAAAAAAGGUGGAAUCGUCUUUGGCCUGAACGAUAUGAUCUACUGCAUUUUGUAAAAACUGUGUACUUUACAUUUUUAACUCGCAAUGUAAAUGUUAAUUGAACAAAAAUAUGUACUGAUGUUCAAACUAGGGAUGGUGUAUUGGUGUUGUGUUUUAUCAGUUGCUUAACAAUAGAGACAAGACAAACUUCUAGGUCUUUUAUUUUCCAUUAGUGUACAUUGACAUUUCUUGUAUGGCAAUUUCGCAUCAAUUAUUGGAAAAGAAGACAGAUCAAGGAAGUCAAUCCAA